AUGACUGCACAAUCUGCCGACCGUCAGCCUGACUUGUCCGGCUCUGGCACAGAGACCGCGUCCAAACCGCGCCAUCGAGCGUCUGUCGCCUGCGUGGCCUGUCGAGAGCGCCGGACGAGGUGCGUGGUCAAUACGGGCCAAGGCUCGUGUACGCAGUGCCUGGACAGUGGGCAAGAAUGCAUCAUCAGGAACGAUGACCAGCGCCGGAAGCCUGUGUCCAAAGCAUACGUGAAUCUUCUGCAAGACCGCAUCCAGCAGCUGGAAAAUGCGCUACAGGAGAAAGACACCCCGUCGACAAACCACACACAGAAUGCCCAGCAAAAUCAGGAGAUCCAAGCCGAUGCUGCCGGCGACAACUCGUCCCAGUCUGCCCAGUCUGACUCGCACAAUAUCGCUGUCGAGACGCCUCCCUCCCCCGAUCCUCCCGAACCCCCCGUAUUCCCCCAUCCAGACACCUUCUUCCAGCAACAGGCUUCCUCCGCGAAUACACACAGUUCACCCUCCAGAUCGCAUACCAGGAAGGCAUCCAUGACCCAUCGCCUGCUGUCGACCCGAGGCCAUGUCAGCUUCGACCAGCUGGCAGGCCGCCAGCGCUACUUUGGCCCGACCACGAACUGCCAUAUAUACUUGGACCCGUCUUCAGAGUCGGAGGAGAGUCGGGGACAGGCGAGAGAGCAGCGUCGGCGGACCCAGCGAGUACUGUCUAUCUUGCCACAGGCUUCUCAGGACUACUUGAUGCAGCUAUAUUGGAAAUACUACAACUCUGUAAUCCGCGUAGUCGAUCAAGAAGCCUUCGAAGAGGGCAAAGAGGCCGGUGACGGACCGUUCUACUCAGGCUUCCUGCACGUCUGCAUCCUCGCAGCUGGAUAUCGCUUUGCCGACAAGCAGCGACCGGACAUGGUGCGCAUUACCCUCGCUGGCAGGGAGUCGCUCCUCCACCGCGAGGCCAAGUAUAUGCUCGACUACGAGAUAGAGCGACCGGGUGGUCUUCCCUCCAUUGCUGCCCUGCUGCUUCUCGGCGACCUGGAGGUCGGCUGCGGCCGCGAUAAUGUCGGCUGGCUGUACUCUGGCAUGGCUUAUAGACUGUGCUUCGAUGUUGGCCUGCAUCUCGACCGGUCCGGCUGUGGCCUCUCCCAGAGCGACAUCGAGAUCGGGCGCAUGACGCUGUGGGCGUGCGUGAUCUUUGAUAGAUACUGGGCUCUUUUCCUCGGCCGGCCAACAGCUCUCAAGCCAGACGAUCUGGAGAUCUACGAGCUCUCGCAGCAGUUCGACCGGUUGGGCACCUCGCAGCCAGGCCCGGAGAAGAGCCUCGAGAUGCAGAUAUACCAGGCCCUGUUCGAGCUCAUGGAGCUGGGGGGCAAGAUCACUGGAAUCCAGCAUAACAUGUCCAGUCGCAACGCCGAUAUCGACCGGGUCCUGCAUCUGCGCAUGGCAGCCCUGGACAGCGAGCUGGAUAGGUGGUAUGCCCGCCUGCCACAGACCCUGCGAUACACUGCAGAGAACGCCAGCUCAGCGCCCCCAUCAUUCUUCCUGCUCCAUCAGCAGUAUUAUUCAACCAUGAUCAUGCUGCAUCGACCGUUCGCAGGCUAUGACGACAUUCUGGACAGCAGCGGCCAGCGCAGGGGGGAGGACGGCGCCUCCGACUCAGCUGGCAAGCAUCUGUCGGCACUUUCUCACGCAACCUGCACGAAAUGCGCCGGUCGCAUAGCCCAGAUAUUCUGGCAGCAGCGGCAAAGGUUCGACACGAGACGCAUCUUCGUGACCGGCCUGCAGCAUGUCGGAAAUGCAGCCACUGCGCUGGUUGCUGCCAUUGCGUCGUCCACCGACCUGGUGUCCAACGACCGCAGCAUGAGAUACCUCGAAUGUCUCGCUGCCGUGCUGGACGACAUGACAGAGGCAUAUCAACCGGCUGAGCAGAUGGCUGCCAUAGUCAAGUCGGUCAUCCAGGAGCUCAGGGAGCUUCAGCCAGCCCUCCAGCCGUCCAACUCGGUGCCAGCCCGUCGAGGCAGCUCAGCGGACUGCGACAGCGAGCCAGACCAUAUGCCAUCUAAACGAGGCCCAUCGACUCGGACGCAAGCAAAUACACACUCGAUGCAGUCAACGUCAUGGCCGGGCGAGAGUCAAUUCGCAAAGCCCGUAACGACUGCGGCCAUUAUGCCGUCGCCAGCCCUGACUUACCAGUCAAUGGCAGAGAAGCCCGCUGCACGUCGCUAUACAGACCAAGACAACCUCAUCGCAGACAGCAACAUGGCCAACAUGGACGACUCGUGGUCCAUCUUCAGCGCGCCAGAUCGCUUCGCCAUCAACAAUGUCAUGGCCGGCCAUGGCUCGCCCUCAGCCUUCUGUUCCCCCUGGCCCAGCGCCGACACGCCCUCGUUCUUCCGGCUGGCAAACGACGCGGCGAUGGAGCCAGGUAGUAUGAACAGCGACUUUCUGCAUCUGGUGGGCGACGCUGACCGGGCCGCGCAGGGCACCGCUGGCGACAGUAUCCCUGAAGCAGCAGGGCUUUCUUCUCAGGGGAUUACGCACUCUACUGACCCGGGCUUGUCUCCCUCAAACUCGCGGAUACGAGGGCAGCAGGGGAAGAGAAAGGCUCCUGGUACCAGGCCAGAAAAUAUUUGGACGGAGAUAAUCAGCUAG